AUGGCGUGUGCAUCGUCGACUCAAAAUGACACCAAUGCUGCAUAUCUUGACCACUUUACGUGCAAUAUAUGUUUGGAAGUGCUACAAGAACCUGUUCAGUGUGUGAAGAAUGAACAUUAUUUUUGUAAGAAGUGUAUAACCAAGCAUUUAACGCGAUCACAAACGUGCCCUGUUUGUCAAGAUGCACUUACUUCCGAAACACUUCGUCGUAUCCCGAGAACUGUGGCGAAUCUACUCGAGCAGUUUCAAUCUCACAGAUGUCGGUAUGUCAGUCGUGGAUGUAUGACCGCAGUAAGCCGUGAAGCUUUGUUGUUGCAUCACGAAGAGUGCGGCUUCGCUCCUGUUCAAUGUUCGCACGAAGGAUGUGAAGACACGGUACACAGACAAGAUCUCGUCAGCCAUCAGCAAGCCUGUGAAUUUCGUUCGGUAACAUGCGAUGAUUGUCACGAAGCGAUGAAGAAACGAGAAUAUAGGAAGCACUCUUGUGUCUUGCGAAAGGAAGUGGAUGAGAAUAAACAAGAAUUGGUUGAAGUUAAGAGAAUUUUGCGAGAAAUUCAAGACGAACAGGUGAGCACUGCAUGAUGUGGCGGCCCUUUUAAUACUUCUGAGUAUAACCUGCUAUACUGUGAGUCUAGGAAAAGAUAUUCAUUAAUUUUAGUUAGUUAAGUUCCCUGAUCUUGAAAACUAAUGUAGAUAUAAUUAUUUCUUUGUAGGAUUGCAUGGCGAUAAAACAUAUAAUACGUUUUGUUUGUGGACACCAUGUAAAUUUAUUACUGCAUUAUACCUUUUUUAUAAGCUUUCGAUCCGUAAGCUAUACCUUUUUUAUAAGCUAGUUAUCGAUCCGUAAGCCCGGAUCUUCAUCAGUGCCAAUAUAAUAAUAUCACAGAUUAGAAUAUACAAGAUAUGUAAUUUCAUAGGACUUCGUGUCCUCAAAUUUCCCUAGAUGUACACGUCAUAGUCAAUUUAUCCCGGGCGUUCUGUGACCCCCGCCCGCGAUCAAAUCAGAUCAUGUCAGCGGCAUGUAGUAAAUUACUUAAGAACAUGGCCCGAAGUUCGAAGGUUUUACUAUAAUUCCAAAGGAAUUUUAUCGUUGAAAAUCGCUGAAUAUUUUUCAUCUACAACUUUAGAAAGUGGAAAUAUUUUCAGAUGCAUGGGCCAUCAUUCGAAUAAUUACCAUCGAAGAAACUAGACAACACAGGGGAGUUACUAGUGUAUGACUGUAAAUUACUAUUAUUAUAUCCAAUUUCAAAAUUCGAUAAAUUGUUUUUUAGAAAUGUUUAGGGACCGUUCAUUAUUUAUGCCCGCUCAGGGGAGACCGAAGAGAAAUAAAAAUUGGCUACUUUUUUUAAUUACCCAACCAUUUUCGAAGUAUUAUUUUCUUUUACCCAACCCUUAUGCAACUCAAGAUUUGUAUGGUUACAAAUGAAGGUUCCACGAAGGUUCGUUUGGCUGUAUCUUACAUGCAGUAUCCAUGAGUACGAGUACUUCCGCACACCGGAAGACGCAUGCAUGCCGUGCAUGGUGUAGACUUGGUUCAAGUCCGUCUCAGGAGAAAAGUAGGGAGAGACGGACUUGGGACAUUUGCUGCAUUUCGAAUGUUACUUGCAAAAAUUGGCGCGAAAAUUUGUUGUUGUUCUCAACUCGCAAGCCACGCCUCCGCAGGAAAAGUCCGACGGUAAAAUUUGGCGCGCUUGCAGGGUAUCCAAGUCCGUCUCUCCCUACUUUUCUCUCAUAUUUCCGCGCCUUUUUUGACCGCUCGCGUGCAUCGCUAUUUUCAACCCCUUGAGAGACGGACUUGAACCGAGUCUAGCCGUGGUGCGCAUUUCAAGUUGCGACAAUAACAAAAAAAUGUAAACAAUACCUAACGGUGGCUUUUCGACUAAAAAAUUACUGUAGGGCCCCUUUAAUAAAGAGCUCAUUGCAAAAUAAGAGCUCUGAAAAUAUAAAUUUCCUAGAAGUUAUUUAGAUUUUGUGUUUAAUGCACGCGAGCAUGUAUUCGUGCCGAUUAAUCUUCAAUCGGCACGGUUUUUAACCAAUUAGAAGCGAGUAAAUUGACUAAAAUGAUAUUAACAAUAAAAUAAAUAUUUGUCCUUAUAUUUUACAGCUUCGACAAGGCGAAGAAAUCCAACGGCUGGCAGGUAGAAAACCAAGGGAUAGGCGACGUCGUGCAAUGCAAGGGCAACAAGGCAACAGCCUACUGCAGCCAGCAAGAGAAGUAAGACAGCCUAAUCCAACACGAGGACAACAAUGUGAUAGUAGCAAAGCCGAUUCCGCCUUUUCAAAUUUCUUCAGCCAAGUCAGUUGUAUGUCAAGUCCAAUUCAAAACCAAGCAACAGUCAAUCGUCGGAUAUUUGUAGCUGGAGGUGGCAACAAUUCAUACGAAAUUUUCGACUGGUCCACUCAGAAAUGGACUUUGUAUGAGGAAACUUUGCUCUUCGAUCAUGAGGACGGAUUUUCUUUCGUUUACGACAACAAGGUUAUGAUUUGUGGUGGGAAAAAAACGAACACAGUGGAAUGUCUAGAUAUUGCCAGUGCUUAUUCAGAUGAGUUUCCUUUAUCCAUGCCCAAACGUAAUACUAAAGGCAUUCUAUAUGGUGACAAAAUAUUGACUUUUGGCCGACAAUCUGUGUCAGCAAUAUCCCUUAAAUCUCCAUUUGAAACCACAGUUUUUGCUCCUUAUGCCAAGAACAAAAGAGACGAUCCCCAUUGUGUUGCCUUUGUCAACGAAAAUGCAGUGGUCCUUGUUGGUAGUUGGAGCACACGUCGUACUCGCAGACGCGCGAAUUCAAAAGCAAAUAUCCGAAUGUAUAACCCAACAACGCAAGUAAUGAUGAAUCUAGCACCAUUGCCCUAUCAGUGGUCUGAGAUGGCUGCAGUCGCACAGGAUGACGAUCUCAUCAUUUUGGGUGGUUGGAAACAGUAUGUAGAAGUUUCUAAUGAAGUUUUGAUGUAUAACAUAACAAAUCAAACCUACCGCAUGUUGCCAAGCAUGUUGGAACAAAGGUGAGCUGGUUUUACAUAAUUUAGUGUAUAGUGUUUGCAUCACGAGUGACUCAUAUGUUGUAUUGAAUAAGUGUACAAUUACGAUCGAAAGGCGUAUCCACAAACACUUCACACCCCCCGUGUGUCUCUGUGAUAUCUGCGCCAGAUGAUUUUAUCAUUUUUACAUGUCUUUAAACACGAAAUAAUUUUUAUUUUAGAUCGCAAUGUGCUGCAGUGACUAUGGGAGAUAAAAUAAUUGCUAUUGGAGGAAGAACAUAUUCAAGUGAAAACCAUAACUAUAAAAUACCUCUCAAUACAGUGGAGUACAUGGUUCUGGGUGAAGACAGAUGGAAAAAAUUACCAGCGAUGCAUUGUCAUAGAGAGGGUGCAACCGUAUGUCUUCUGCCAUAAAAAGUGUGCAGAUGAAAAGAAGACUUUCAUCCGAGAAACUUUCCACGACAGCAAAGUUUUAUGGCAUUUUUAGGAGACUAGAAUGAGAUUUAAAUCUACAUAUAAAGACUCAACCCAAGCGACACGAUUGUCGUUUAUGAUUUACGAUCCUAUGAGUCAAGAUAAAAUGCCUUGUCUUAAAAUGACAAUAAUUUAGUUUGAAGUACCGUAUAUACCAUCGUGUAGAUAGGCUUUCAGACGUUGGAUCUGAUAUACAUUUUGUAAUAAAGAAACUAAAGGAAUGUUUUGCCAUUAUAACAGUUUUAAUGAAAGAUGGCUUAGCCUUAGUUAUAAUAAUUUUGUUACAUGUAUUAUUAUUAAAAUAAAAUUUGAACUUCGUGUAUACAGUUUGUGAUUAAUUGAGAUACUUUGUCUUUGUAUAUGCAUGACAUUAUUGGACCUCUAACGAGAACAGUUUAACACUGAUCGGGAUAUCCAGCUUAAAUAAAAUAAUAGUAUCAGAGAUAUCAUGUUCGACACUCGAAAUAAAUCUGGUAUUUCCGCGCACCCAUGCAUGUAUUAUUCUCUAUAUAUUUUCUGUUUGCUCCUGUAGUAACACUGGAUCAAUAAUGGACAAUUUUUACUGGCCUGUAUAGCCUAUAGGGAAACAUCGAAAUUCAAUCGAAAUGCUUAUACACUUGCUCAGUGCCUAUUUGUUCACUUAUUUAAUUACUUUAUUAUAAUAUCGGUUUAUUUUUGUCUAUUUUCAGGAUACGACGGUUCGUGAGGUCGUUAAUAUGGCCGUUGAUGCAUUUUCACUGGCCGAGUCCGCUUC